AGACAACAUAUCAAGUAUAUAUACAAAAAUAUUUGGGUUAAGGAAAGAUAUUCAUGCGUUCAUGUUCUGCUUUUAAAAAGAAACAGAUGUACACCAUAAUUUAUCUAUUAACAUUUAAUGUAGGUUUUAUGAUUUACUGAUCGUACAAUGAACACGACAAACUUCUUCCUCGUUUUGAUUUUUGUGAGCCUUGGAGCAGUGGAGCAAAUGAAAUGUCAAAAAAUAAACGGAGUUACACUUGCCACUGAACUUAACAGAGUGGCUGAUGCAGUGGGGAGAACAUUUAUACAGAAUAUAUAUGACAAGCUAAAAUAUUCACAUACGGCAAGAGAUGGAGGGGUUCAUUCAAGAGACAUUGCGCGGAAAAUUAGUCAACGAAUGGAGAAUAUGAAAACUUCAUUGACCAAUCUUAAACAAACAAUGGAGAAUUCCUUUGACGAGAUGACUCCCAGCAGCGUAUACCAGGACUGCUGCAUGGACGGAAAUUACGAAAACAAUCUACAUUUUAGAACCGAGGUAUCAUUAGACGAAUUUUGUUACAGUAAACCACAUUAUGUUAAAGAAGAAAACGUAAGAUAUCCAACGUCAAAUUUACUGGCUACCAUGAAAACGAACCACGUUAACAACAGAAAUCUCCAAUUUCAAUACAUUGCUCUGAAUUCUGGACUCUUCAUUAAUUAUCCAGCAACAAAAUUAACUGGUUGUGAUACUUAUGACCCCAGGUUCAGACCUUUCUUUGUGGCCAGUACAACUACAACUCCGAGGGACAUAGUGAUGGUUAUAGAUAUAUCAGCCUCCAUGAGAGGGUUUAAGUUGAUUGAAACCAGGCAUGCUUUUAACACCGUCAUAAAAACACUUAGUGGCAAGGACAAGAUUGCCAUUGUCGUAUAUAACGACGAGGCGGAAAGUCCCGGUGGUUGUUACAGUGAUAUGUUAGUUCCAGUCACAAACAAGACUCAAGAACACCUGAAAGGUUUCCUGAGCUCAAAAGGGGCGAGUGGCGGAUCUGACUAUGCUAAAGGCCUCCGUAAAGCAUUCAGCUACCUUAAGACGAACUCAAGCAAAGGGUCAUUGCAAAGAGAGCAGAUUAUUUUGUUUUUGACUGACGGGGAAAACACAGGAGGCAAUCCAUUAGAAGUCAUCAGAGACGAGAAUCAACAGCUAGGAAAUAGAGUUAUCAUUAAUACCUACGGUAUAGGAGCAAGUCUGAGCAGCCAAGACAAAGAGCUGCUGAAAAAUAUGUCUGAACAAACGUUGAACAGCAAUUCAUAUGGUUAUGUUAUAUCGGGAAAAUCUGUCAUAACAGCGGAUAUCCAGGCGACUUCACUGUCUGAGGUGCUGGGUACUUAUUACGACUAUUCAAGUGUACCCAUAUCCCAAGCUCCUACGUAUACAAGGCCAUACAAAGACUUGUUCAGCAAAGAAUUUGUGAUGACGGGAUGCCUGCCCAUAGGGCAUCGUGGAGCCUUUGUUGGGGUGGUGUGUGCCGAUGUCUUGUUAAGUGAGCUGGUAUCGGAAAUCUUGUACCUGCAAGAAGGAGAAUAUUCUUACGCUUUUAUAAUCGAUGGUGAAGAACGAACAAUGAUUCAUCCGCUCCUUCCAGAUCCGCGUGACGUCACCGCAGAGGAUUAUGACGUAAACGACAUUUAUAACUUUGAGACAGCAGGAGAUGUUCAUGAAGUUAUAAAUUCCAUGAAAAAGAAAGUAUAAAGUUGAUAAAUGGGUCAGACGGGACAGAGAAUGUUACUGACCACUGUGAUAGAGUCAAGAGGAGAGAGACUACACGACGGAGACUCACAGAGGCAAUUAGAUGCCGUGUACUACUGGACUCCGAUUACAGCAUCCGGAAGCAAUUUGUCUCUGUGUCUUGUACUGGAGAAAAAUAGCAACAUUACUACACUUAAUGACCUUCCGCGUCCGCCAAUCAGCACCAGGGAUUUUGUUUACCAUAGAUGGGAUUUAACAAGAUGGCCUCAACCUUACUGUAGACAUUUCAACAGAUAUGCUACAAAAGCAUCAACGACGGUUAAAUUAACACCAGACGCGUUCACAGAUCCGCUAGAAUACAAGGGGGUUGAAGAAACCGAGCAAAGAGUGCAACAGUAUGUGAAAUACCUCACUGGAACAAUUACAACAAACCCGGGACUUAAAACGUCCGCAAUUAAUUCCAUUCGAGCCACUUAUCCCAUUGAGGAUUUUUGGAUAAAAAAUUCUAGUCUAGAUGCUCCUUAUCUGGUCUGGCGAUAUCUAAUGACGGAAGAUGGCGUCAACAGAAUCUACCCAGGAAUUCGGUUAACCAAUGAUUAUGACCAUAAACUUAGACCUUGGUACCGCCGAACAGUUUCUCAGAAGUCUCUGAAUGUGGUGUCUGCUCCGUAUGAAGACGCCUGGGGAUCCGGAAAAGUCAUCUCAAUAACCAGAGCCAUUCUGAACAGCAAAACAAAUAAUGCCAAGAUAGAGGCUGUUCUCGGGACUGACUUUUCCAUUUACUACUUCAAUCAGCUGCUUAAAGAUAAAUAUCCUGCAUGUGCAAACACUACUUAUUACAGCUGCAUUGUAAUAGACAACAGCGGAUUUCUAGUCAUGCACCCGUAUUACAUUGAAACAACAUCUCCUAUAGAGGACCCUAUCCACAUCACCUACAAGGAGGGAAGAAUAUCGAAGUCCUUGAUUGCAGCCAGUGUUAUGUUCAGGGAGCCAUGCAGAGAUACAGAGACGAAAAAAGAGCAAUUCACAUACAGAGUCAGAUUGCCCCAGAGUCACCUGAAUGGAAUAGAGGACCCCAAGGAGGGGUAUGAAAUGCGCCCUGUUCAAGGUUCUAAUGUGUUCCUCAUUUUAAAACAAAGGAUGCCGGGGGAGGAAUCACCUUGCUGUUUCAAAAAGAGUUCCGAAUCUCCCAGUGCUGUGCAGUGCGGGACUGGACAAUGUACUUGUCUCUGUUACAAAAACCUGGAUUUUAACGACUGUGAAAACAAAUAUACAAACCUGGAUGAAAAUAUUCCGUGUAAUCCUAAAUUGCCCAUUCUUAGUUCUGUCAGUGUACCAGAGGAAGACAAAACUAGAAAUCUAGAUACGUGCUUUCCAACAAACUGUCCUUGUCGAAAAACAGAAAGCGAGUGUUUCCGUACUUCUGGUUGUUCUUGGUGUACAAGUACCAUGGAGGGAAACGUGUUCGAUUUAACUGGUGGAUAUUGCAAUUUGAAGGAAUCAUGUCCUAACCAAAUAUGUGUAGUAGAAGAUUGCAGUUCGAAAUGUUGCGGUGCAGAGUGUGGUUCAGAAGAAAGUGAGUCAUCAGUGGAAAUAGUUGCCCCCGUUGUAUCCGUAGUAGGCGUUAUUAUCAUCGUCAUUGUCGUCGCCAUCAUCGUCAUUUUUGUACGAAAACGACGACCUGAAACUAAUGACACAUAUUUUGACGCUGUCCACAGCGGUGUCGACUUGUCCUUUGGCGAGUGUGACAGCAACGUCACUGAUUACGUCACAGUACCUGAGCUUCCGGAACUUAGUGCUAAAGCAGAAGAAAAAUUAAAGACAAUGUACGAUAACAAUUCAUAAAAAAAUGAAUGAAAUAAAUUUAACAUAUCAUAGCUAAUAUCAUUCUGGGUCAUUACCUCGUCAUCAAUUUGAUAAUAAUAAUUCUUAUGAUUGUAGAGCAGACUAUAGUUAUUAUGUAUUGAAACAUAUUUUCUAGAGUUUAUGAACAAGUGUGAUAUUUUGUACCUCUUUUAAGAGAUAAUUUUUUUUUAUGUUUGCUUGUAUUUUUCAUGGAGAUACUGUUUUAAAUCAGUAAUUUAAUUUUUUUUUAAUGUUAGGAGUGUGUUUGAUGAAAAUUGAAACUGUCAUACCAUUGAAUAGCUAAGACACAAGUUUUGCUUUGUCCAUUCUUUUGCUCUUCAUAACAAGUUUCAGAUUAAACUCUUUACAUGUACUUUCUUUAAGUUUAGAAAAGAGAAUUUCAGUAUUGUCUAAAGAA